GAAUUCCUCCAUCCACACAUCAAAACCUAGCUACUUCUAAAAUUUAGUUAUCUCACCAACCCCACAUUCAAAGCUUCAUUUUCAAUAUGGCAGUCUUGUCAAGUUUUUCUCCUUUGGCCAUUCUUAGUUUUGUUCUUGUAAUUGGAAUCAUUGUGUCUGGUGCCGAAGCAAGGCCAAGGGCAUUCUUUGUGUUUGGAGAUUCGCUUGUUGAUAAUGGAAACAACAAUUACUUGGCUACCACUGCACGAGCUGAUGCUCCUCCUUAUGGCAUUGAUUAUGCUCCAUCUCACAGACCAACCGGUCGUUUCUCCAAUGGCUACAACAUUCCUGAUCUUAUCAGUCAGAAACUUGGUGCCGAGUCUACAUUGCCGUACUUGAGUCCAGAAUUAAGAGGAAACAGGCUGCUAGUUGGUGCCAAUUUCGCUUCAGCCGGAAUUGGAAUCCUUAACGACACUGGAAUUCAGUUUGUGAAUGUGAUCAGAAUGUACAGACAGCUGGAGUAUUUUAAAGAGUACCAGAACCGAGUGAGUGGUAUAAUUGGAGCUUCACAAGCUAAGAGCUUGGUGAAUCAGGCACUGGUUCUGAUCACUGUAGGAGGCAAUGAUUUUGUGAACAACUACUACUUGGUGCCGAAUUCAGCAAGGUCUCGCCAAUACCCACUUCCUCAGUAUGUGACAUAUCUGAUCUCUGAGUACCAGAAACUUUUGCAGAAACUGUAUGAUUUGGGAGCUCGCAGAGUUCUGGUGACAGGCACGGGACCCUUGGGUUGUGUUCCUUCGGAAUUGGCUCAACGUGGCAGAAAUGGACAAUGUGCUCCUGAUUUACAGCGAGCUGCUGCAUUGUUUAACCCUCAGCUGGAACAGAUGUUACUGCAACUCAACAGAAAAAUCGGAAGGGACGUUUUCAUUGCUGCAAACACUGGAAAAGCGCACAACGAUUUCGUUUCUAACCCCCAACAAUUUGGAUUUGUUACUGCAAAGGUAGCUUGUUGUGGACAAGGACCCUACAAUGGUCUUGGAUUGUGCACACCACUCUCCAACCUGUGCCCUAACAGAAAGCAGUAUGCAUUUUGGGAUGCAUUCCACCCAUCUGAAGAGGCCAACAGACUUAUUGUGGAGGAAAUCAUGUCAGGUUCUAAAGCUUACAUGAACCCUAUGAACCUUAGCACCAUCCUAGCUUUGGAUGCUAUUGCCACAUGAAGAUAUACAAUAAAUCCUAACACUUGUAUUGGCCUUCCAUGCUAGUUUGUGACAUCUCUCUUUCUAUAUUUAUAGUGUUGUAAUUGUUAUUCCUCUGUAUAAGUGAGGAACAAAAUUUAAGGAAGCAAAAACUUCUAUUAAGUAAUAA